UAGAUUUAAUCUGUCAAAUCAAAAUUUCAACCUCUUUUCUCUUCGGUAGGUGGGUGGGACUGCUUUUCUAUCCUACUUUCCUCUUCCUUGAUAUCCUUUUCUCUCUAAAAAUUCUCUCUCUCUCUCUCUCUCGAUCACCAUCAGCAAUGUCUUUCAGAGGGGCGAAUGCAUCAUCUGGCAUGGGUGUCGCUGAUCACAGCAAGAGCACAUAUCUGGAACUGCAGAGGAAAAAGGUAUACCGUUACGUGAUCUUUAAGAUUGAUGAGAAGAAAAAAGAGGUUGUGGUUGAAAAGACUGGAGGUCCAGCUGAGAGUUAUGACGAUUUUACUGCAUCUCUGCCUGAGAAUGAUUGCCGAUAUGCAGUCUAUGACUACGAUUUUGUGACUUCUGAGAACUGCCAAAAGAGCAAGAUCUUUUUCAUUGCAUGGUCGCCUGCUGUGUCUCGGAUCCGUGCCAAGAUGCUGUAUGCGACAUCCAAGGACAGGUUCAGAAGGGAGCUGGAGGGCAUCCAUUACGAGAUUCAGGCCACUGACCCAACGGAGAUGGAUCUUGAAGUGAUUCAAGACCGCGCUAACUAGACCCUUCCUACUGUAUAGAGGGGGCUUCGCAUCGUAAGCAAAACUGCUUUCAUUUCUAUGCAACUUAUUAGUUACUGUUCAUGAGCAAUGCCUGUCUCUGACACAAAAAUACAUAUAUAGCUUAAUCUAUAAAUAAUAACGCCUGGGAACGCUGAUCUUGGAGCUCUCGGCUUAAUAAACCAUAAGUUCUGUGGGAGUCUUGGGUUCCUUAUUGUCAUGAUGCUUCCCAGAUGGAAAAUGGGCCUGGUUAUGUAUACAGAUGAUUUAACUGCUAAUUAUAUAUUCUAUAAUGGGGUGUUUUCAGCAUGAUUUCGCUCUGUGUUAUGCAGUA